GGGAGUUCUCUUGCUUGCAGCCUCUGAAUUGUGGUUCUCUUCCUCUUCCUCCACACCGCGUGCCAGCGCUGUCCAUCGCGCGAAACCUGCUGAAUUCGUCUUCAGACCUCUCGGCCCUUUUAUGCGUCAUCCCAAGACCCGCGCUUGCAGCCGCGAAUCUGCCCUUGUUGAGUGUUUUGAGCGCGCAUUCAAGUGGCUUGCAUUGUUUCGUGGAGACCCGAGGAAGGAAAGCGUUCCUCUCACUUCUCUCCGGCGUUCUGUUCACUUUCUUCGCGUGACUUCCUCAUGCCGUCAACACCGUCCCGUCCUGUGCAGCUCGCUGUCUGCCACACUGCCCUUGGCGCUAAACCUUGUGUCUUUCUGGGUUUCCGCGGUUGACGCAGCCCUCGAGAACUUCCAUUUCCAGGAAGCAAGUCGCUUUGUCGAACACUUUCUCACCGUCAGUUAACAGAGUUCUGCCUACUUCUCUUUCUCUCCGACUGAAACUGACCACCAGCUUGCCAGCAGCCGAGUUCUGAAGACCUCGCGAGCUCAAUCGAGACGCCGUUUGCCAGUCGUGGGUGCUCGGAGCAGGUCGGACAGAAGAAAGGACGGAGGCGGAGAUUCUUUGCUUCAUCGAGACGAAAGUGAGACGCCCACUUUGAAAAAGCUAGCAGCCUGAAAACGCUGCGGUUCCGCCGUUCCUUUCGCCGUCCACAUCGCGCCGAAAGAGAACGAACACCUGAAAACCGUGGCAACAGUUCAUCAUUGGGUCUCUCUCUCUUGUUGACUGUCUCGUUCUCUGUCUCUCGUUCUCUGUCUCUCGUUCUCUGUCUCUCGUUCCCUGACUCUCGUUCUCUGUCGUGCUCUUUCUCCUGUGCUUUCUCUUGUUCGCGCGGGUGUCCUCGCAGCUGCGGUGCGCAGAGCUCUCUGUUCCCGUUCUGGAGAGGUACCAGACGAUUUGCCGUCCUUGAGCACGAGGUCCUUUCCUUGCACUGUGAACUGGAAGGAGCUCAGCUUCCCCUUCUUGUCGGCUUCCUUAGCAGCUUCUCUUCCGCCGCUUCGACUGCUGUCUCGCGCGUCUCAGUGAACGUCGAGCAGCUCCGUGACGGCCUUCCUUCUCUCAGAGGCUUACGCAAGGAAGGCAAAGCAGGGCGUCUCUUUCCGAGAACAGUUCUCGCCGUUUCCGAGCGAUUUCUCUCCUCUCUAGCGAGGCAUGUCUGCACCCAGCGACUCAAAGGGAUUUCCAGCUUGGCUCUCCAGGGUGGGACUGUGUCGGAGCUUCUCGUCCGCAGACGCGCGAGCGUUUCUCGAGAGACUCUCCGACGUCUUGCGCUUGCUUCCUCGUCUGCCCAUGUCUCUCGUGCAGACGUCGCUCUGCACUCGCGUUUGCAGGUACACACGCUCGAAUGUUCGGCGUCUGGACACCUUGAAAGAUUGUCAUUCUGAACAGCUUCUGUCCUCUUGACACAAGCGGCCGGCGAGACGCUUUCUCUCUCGCCUGGGUCCACUCGGGAUGAUCGGGAUCUCGUUGGCGUUUUCGCUUUCCGCUCAGGCGAGGGAACCUUGAAUCGCUCUCUCGCCUUCUCGUCGUCUCUCUGGAGAGAUGUUGGAGUUGCUCCUCUCGUGUACGAAUGUCCACGAAAGAAAAAACGAGUCGGCGAAGCUCACCCUCUCAGAGCAACAGACACCAGCCUCGACGUCGGGGGGUCUCGACUGGAAGAGCCUGUCCUCCGUUUUCUUCGAUUCGCGUACAAACAGACACCGCAGGGCACUCUCGGACGCUUUGCCGUCGCGAUCCGCGUCUGGUCUUCGAGCCUUCUUCCCUGCGAGCCUUCCUCUGAGGUCUCGUUGUCGCCUCCAACGUCUCUCCACCUGUUCUGCCUGAACGCGCAAGCGACAGAAAAAAAAUCGACUUUUGGGAGUUGUAUUUGUCUUGCUCGUCUCUUGUGUGUCUGCCGGGAAACGAGCCUUUGUCUCGGUCGCCGUCACAUUUUCAGACUUCCUCACUGCGCCAACGCGCCUUGACAAUCCUCUCUUCUUCUGCGGCUGUCUUUUUCGCCUUCUCCCGUCAUUCCUCCUCCGUCUCUGCUUCCGUGCCUCUUUGUUCUCUUUCUGUUAGCUUUUCGUUCCUCUCUCCUUCACCACCAACGCACAAGGAUGCGUUGAACUGUCUCACUCGUCAAAGGAUCGUGGCUAGGACUCCUUUGCCUUCUCGCGUCGCCGCUGCGGCAGGCAGGCACGGGGAGUUGUUGUUCUCCAGCUGGGGAGACAUCUGGUGUACGUCCACUGCGAAGACAGGGCGACUUGUCUCUCAGGGGAAGUGUGGGGACGCGCGUCGUUGCGAAAAAAGCGCGGACGACCUUCGAGAGCCAACACUGGCCUGUGGUGCUCUGCUCGACGCGCCUUCAGAACGUCACCGUUUUCCUUUGUGUCCUCUGGAGUUCCCUUCGUAGAAUCCAGGAUAACGAGAUUCCGUUCCAGCUUCCUUUUACUCCUCUACUCGUCUGUUGCCGCGCUGUUCCCUCCCCUUUUCGCGCGUCUCCUCCAUUCAUGAAGGAGGCGAAACUCCUCUCCGACGGUCGCAUCCAGACUCCGCAGAGAUCAAGAUUCCUGUGCUGAACGUGCGACGUGCAGUGAGAUAACGCCAUCCAUGUCUCAAGCCUAAAACUAUAAAUACUCACAUAUAUUCAUACUUUUAUACAUAAAUACUUACAUAUAUAUAUAUAUAUAUAUAUAUGUGUAUAUGAGUGAGGAUGUAAAUGUAUAAAAGUAGAAAUGUGUAUGCGAGGGAAGCGUGACAGCUAAAAACUCGAGUCUGGUUCCUUCUCGUUUUGUGCUCGCUUCGUUGCACACUCUGUUUUGCGUCGCCAUCUCGUCCUCCGACAUCCAUUUUUUCGGAGGUUUGUGGAGCUCUUCGCCCUGAGGCGAGUGCAGAGAGUCUGUUCGACAUAACGCGGAGCCUCUGCAAACGCGGAGGAGAGCAAGUCUCGAGGUUCGCAGUGGUUUCAGUGGGAAGCAGCGCGAUGUCACCGACGCUUCUCUGGCAGAAGCAGUCUCUCUGGGAGGGGACGAGCAAGAAGAAGAGCAGAAGAGAAACCUGCGACAUCUCGCUGUGUGUGUGCCUGCCCCAACAGGGUGAAAGUCUGAUCUUUCGAUGUUUCUCUUUGCAGUCUCCACACAGAGACACCCUAAACAGAUGAUCUGAAAGAGCGACAAGUCACCGGGCUCUUUCGAAGGUCUCCGAGCCUCCUCGCUGAUCCUUCUUACCUCGGGUGCUCGACUUCUUCCUCCCUGAACCGUGAACCGCUGGAGCUGUGCAUCUUGUUCUUCUUCUUCUUAGUUUCGCGUGGCUGAGCGUCCCUCGCCUUGAUCCCGCGCCAGCGUCCUCCCGCUGUUCGUUUCCUUGCCUUCGUUUCCUUCUUGUCUUUUUCUUCUGCUUUUCUUUCUUCUUUCAUUCCGAGUCGUCUUCGUCGUCACCCCAUUCUGGCAACGCCUCGUCUUCGCCUCUUCUUUCUUGUUUCCUCCUCCUUUUCUUCUUCUCUCUGCUGCGUCGGCGUUGCCGGUGGUUCCCAAUCUUCGUCUGCAGACUUGAUGGCCCUGCGCUUCGGCGCCUUCGCUCGACCCGGCAGCCAGCAUGGGGGCGUCCAGUUCGCGAGCGAGGAAGGCAUUCUCCGCCGUGUCUUCUUCCUCUUUCAACGCCUCCGACAGGCUUCAGUGCUGUCUGCCGGUGUGCGUUUGCCCAAACGGGAAGUGCAGGCGCCGCGCAAGAAGAGAGGAGAGAGCUCCGACGGAGAGAGGCCUUCCAGACGAGCUCAGUCGCAACGGCUCCUCCCGCUGUCGCUCGAGGCUGAAACGCAACGUUAGAAGGAAAUACGUGAUCGGCAAAGUUGUGGGUAACGGCGCCUUUGGCCAGGUUAGAGAAUGCAUGGACAGACAAACAGGUGAAAUCUUCGCCAUAAAAGUCAUGACAAAGGGGGGACGCGACCGCGGAGCCUGGAGUGCCUCGGAGAUGUUCAGAAGAGAAGUGAUGCUCCUUUCGUCUCUCUCGCACCCGAAUAUAAUCCGUCUCGUCGACGCGUACGAGGACAGACACCACCUUUACUACGUCAUGGAAAAAUGCGACGGAGGCGAAUUGUUCGAGCAUAUCGUGAGGCGGAAACAUUUCGAUGAACAUGACGCAAGUCGGCUCUGCAGGCAAAUGUUGUUGGCUUUGGAGUAUUUGCAUGGGUUUAACAUUGUUCACCGUGACGUUAAGGCAGAGAACUUCUUGUUCCACUCUAAGUCGUUUGAUGCUUAUCUCAUUCUCAUUGACUUCGGCAUGUCGGUCAGAGUCCGCCCAGACGAAACGCUUUCAGAGGUUUGCGGCUCGCCGCAUUACCUCGCCCCCGAGCUGCUGCGCCGUCAGUACGCCUGCCCAGCUGACAUGUGGGCGCUGGGCGUUCUCGUCUUCCUCAUGCUGUACGGCAGAUAUCCCUACGAUGGACACACCACAAGCAGAAUUGUGCGGGAUAUUCUUUACAAGCCCAUUGAUUUCCGUUCGCAUCACAUUCGGCCCUCGUCCCUCGCCAUUUGCUUCAUCAGAGGCCUCCUGGAGCCUGACCCAAGCAAGCGGCUGACGGCGCAGGAGGCGCUGCAACACCGGUGGAUUCUCGAUGGAGACGCGGAAGCGCGGCGGGAGAAGGAAGAAGCUCGGAUUCCGAUUGAGAUUGUUCGGUCUGCACAUCGAAAGGUAACUGCGGGGAAGCCGGUGCCGAUUGUCGAGGAAGAAGAGAGACGCUCGAAGAAGGAGUCUCUGCUUCUCCGACUUCAGCACCCCCUGAGCAUGGCGACGGCGCUCCACAAUGUGGGGAACAGUCCUCUUCGGGGCGUGCGAGGAGACAGAAGGAGAAUCGGAGACAGCGAGCAAGCGAAACGAAGCGGCAAAGCAGGCGUGAACCGAUACUGGCACAAAGGUGGCUGGCAGAAGAAGCCACGAAUGCCGGAGUAUUCGAGACAACACAAACGGUUCGCGACGACGCCAAGUCGCAUGCAGAGAUUCGACCAAGACGCGGUUGCAGACAUUCUCAGGGACGCGUCUUUACGACUCAUGGCGAACAAGAGCAGCAGCUUGGGCAUCUCUGAGGACGUUUCUCGCCUCGCGAGCGUGUCAGGCUCCCGAGAGUCAGCGUCGGACUGGGUGGUGUCUCGGAAGUCUUUGUCGAUGAGACAGGAGACGCCCGACUGGGAACGCCUUUCGGAAGCUGCAAGCGCGACAGAGGGAACUGUGGCUCUCCAGCUGCAGGAAGAGGCUCUUCCCGUUGCAACACAGCCCAUUCAACAGUCUUCUCUCUCCCCGUGAAAAGACAUGGAUUAGAGAACCAUGUAUUGGCCUACCCCCACCGAAUCCACUGAUGCCCGGCACUGCGUCUGCAGCGGAGAAGGCCUGCGAAUGAAAAGAGAUGUUCUUCCAAAUUUGGAUACUCCGUCUUCGUUUUCUCUCUUCCGGAUUUCCUGGACUCGAAACACCUGAGACAGUGGACAGCGUGCAACGCGAAAAAAACAAAUGCGACAACAAAGGGCAACAACACGAAAUAUGCAAGAGCAGCAGAGAUAUAAAACGGUCCCGAGUCUCAAAGUCAUCGUGGUUCAUGCGCUUUGUUGCUGCGAUGCUUGGCAACAUUUGUCAGCGACAUGAUACCACUGCGCGUGUAAAUGUAAAUAAAUUUAUAUAUAUGUAUAUAUGCAUGUGAUAGAACUCUGUGCAGAAACAUGUUUGAACAUACUUGUUUUUCUGCCGUAAUCAAGUUGUUUUGGACUGCCGUCCCUGCACAGUCUUAGAGAUGGGUUUUCAGUUUAUAAUCAGCGAACGAGUCGUUAUCGUCCUCUGGACGGUUCGCUUUCACGUGCCGUACGAUAAGAAUGUAACAAUGUCUAUGCACGGAAGAAAUGUUCAUGAAACGGCUGUGAGUAUGUGAAAAGGUGUAGGUGUGUCUGUGGCCACAAACGCCCUGAAGGGAAAUGGAGGAUUUUAGUGAAGACGUUUGGCUGUUUUUUCACGUUUUCCUUGUUGGGCAUUGCAGCUUGUCGCUCCCCACAAAUUGUGAAUUCCACACAGGGGGCGAGUAACCGCUUUCUGAGUUGUCAAAUCAGCGUCGUGAUCCGAACAGUUCUUCACCGCAGUAUGGCCCAUGUCCACUGCUGCUCUUUUCGGGGGUCUGCUAGUUCUUGUCAAGCCUGCAGAAUUACACCGAAUAACUGCACGAAGGAGAAAAAGAGUAUGAAUUUUAAGCCUCCCGCGGGCUGAUGUAAAGGGUAGAGUGGAUAAGGCCUCCAUUCCGCUUUGUCCGUUUCCGAAGGAGUAACGCGUUCCGUGUGCAGUUAUUUGUAUGCAAGAAUGCUUAUGUCUGCAGAAAAGCUUCUGCCGUGAUUCGCCCGCGAAAAGCGAUCGUAGGGGUACGCGACGGUGGCCCGGUGACGUUUCAUUGUCGUUUGUUCCGUGUUCCUCUUGUCAUCGUGUGGCUGUGGGUAUGCGUACGCUAAAGCGCUGUGGUCACGGAUACUGUUCAUGAGGGAGUGAUGACUGAAACUUGUAAAGCGACGAAUCUCCAGCGAGAGGCGAAAUUCGUCGCCGUUCGUCAGGAAACAGUUCAAACGAAAUAAGACUGGCGAAUCAAUGUGACUUCCGGAUGCCCACGACCCUCGCCAAUGGCGUG